AUGGACCCGCCGCAACAGUACGCCCAGCCAUACCAGGCACAGUCACGGCAUGCCCGCUUCCCCAGCGACGGUAGCAGGAGUGACCAGAGUGACGAUACAGUCUUCGGUGGGCUCACCGCUUACGACCCAGCUGCAAUUUAUUUAAACUCGGAGUACCACACUCCAAAAGCCAACAAUAUCGUCGAGAACACGGCCAUCGUCGACGAUGCAGCAACACCGGGACUGCAGGCACGCAAUGCGACCUUCGGAUCUGACGAUAUCUCGAAGGAAUCGAAAUCUGGAACAAAGUACAGCAGGUUGUCCUCGUCGUCAAAACUAAAGAACAUCAGGGUGCCCCGGAAGACAGGCAGCUGGUUCUGGGAGGUUGUGGCCACCAUAUUCGCAAUCGGAGCCGUCGCGAGCAUCAUCGCCCUCCUCGCCCGCUAUGAGGGACAGCCACUGCCGAAAUGGCCCUACGCAAUUACGCUGAACGCUUUGAUCGCUGUCCUCACCACGGUCGCCAACGCAGCCAUGGCAGUGCCUUUGUCGAGCGGACUGGGCCAACUCAAGUGGGAGAGGAUGAAGAACAACUAUGCUCGGUUAGUGGAUAUGGAGGUUCUCGACGAGGCGAGUCGAGGGGCAUGGGGAGCUAUCAAUAUGCUAGUGAGACUCCGUGGUGGACUACAUGGCUCGCUUGGUGCUGUAGCGGUCAUCGUGGCCCUCUUCCUAUCUCCUUUCGCGCAGCAGGUGGUUGUCUAUCGCACCCUCCCACAGAAGUCUGAAGCAGGGGCAACAAACUACCGAGCCAUGAAUUUCACUGUUGCUUUGCCAAGUGUCGACUCGACGGUGCCCUUUGUCCCGGUUCUUCCAAUCAAGUCUGCUGUCUACAAUGGACUUUUUGCGGAGAACAACAAGCCUUGGACCAGUCUUCCUGUCAGCUGUGAGACUGGCAACUGUACAUGGGAGCCGUUCGAUACUCUCGCGGUCUGCAACACCUGCACCGAUAUGACUCCUUUUCUUCAACGUGACUGUGCAACCGGCGAUGACGAUUGUGGAUGGAAGUUGAUGUCGGGCCCAGUGUUGCAAGGUGGUCAUGUCUUCAGCAUGACUUCUCAAUUUCUGUCAACGGAGGGUGGAGCGCCAUGGUCAAACAUCAUGAAGUUGACGUUCAUGGGCACUGAGAGCAACACCGCCGAGGCGGGUAACACGCAGCCGUGGGCUCGCCAGUGUGUCCUGAGCGCUUGCGUGCAGACGAUCAAGUCUCAGAUCAUCAACGGCAACCUGGUCGAAAACGUCACCCACACAGUCGAGAACAAGACGGUGGUGGCGUCCAAGAACUCCAUGUCCGAGCUGGCCCCAAUUGUUGUCACAGCACAUAACACCACAUCCCCAGCCACAGAGUACCUGCUCUCGGCCGAGGCCAUGCUCGGGACGCAGACAUGGUUUGCACAGCUGUUCGCGAACGGGUCGGCCACCCGGACUGACUCGGCCAUCAACAAGACACUCAAGUCCCCCGAUGAUGCCCCCAUAGCCGUCAACCUCACGGUGGGCAUCUCGUCGGGGGCCACCUUCUUCGACACGGACAUUGUGCAAGCUUUCUACUGGAACUACUACGAGUACCCGCACGGCCUCGACAUGCUCAUGGACGACCUGAGCGUGUCCCUGACCGUGGCAUUUCGCAGCCUCUGGGGCUCCGAGGCCGUGAACGGGACCGCGUUCCGGAAUGAGUCGUUCGUCUUCGUGCGCUGGGGCUUCAUAACCCCGCUGGUACUCUCGGUCGCCCUGACGGCGGCGUUCCUUGCGCAGGCAGUGUACCGCAGCUGGAGAAGUGACGCCAAGCUGUGGAAGAGUAGUGUGUUGGCAGUGUUGUUCCAUGGGCUGGAGCCUGAUGUCAGAGAGAGGUUCGAUGAGGUGGGCGAAUUCGAGUUACAGCGUCAGAUUGCUAGAGAUGUCAAGGUGAGGCUGGAUGAGGAGGUUGCUGCGGGCGGGUUGCUACGGGCUCAGCGCGUGUACUGA